AUGAGCCCUCACAAAGAACCCGCGCAGGAUGACUACUCCUUCAGCUUUGACAAUCGCGUUGGCGGUACGCCAAUUACAACAGAAGACGACGGGCCGUAUUCAGUCUCAGAGCAUUUGCUCUGGGCACCCCGAAAAAUGAGAGUCGCCUCGAUUGGCGCAGGUGCCUCGGGGAUCAUGAUGUGCCACAAGAAAGAAAAGGAUUUUGGCGAGUCCAUCGACUUGGUCGUCUACGAGCGAUACCCCAAGUGUGGUGGCGUAUGGCACGCCAACAAGUAUCCCGGUUGCCGGUGCGAUGUGCCCUCGGCGGCAUACCAGUUCUCUUUCGCCCCAAAGCCCGACUGGUCGCGAUACUACUCACCCGCUGCCGAGAUCCAAGCCUACUACGAGGGCUUUGCUCGCGACCGCGGUUACCUGGAUCGUUAUAUCAAACUCUCCCAUGAGGUGAACGGGGCCACAUGGGAUGAGGCGACAAGUCAAUGGGUGCUCCAGAUAACCCACACAACCGAGGCAGGCGAGGAGCGAAUCUUUGAGGAUCGUGUCGACUUCCUUGUCGCCAACAUUGGUGUCCUGAAUACUUGGAAGUGGCCCGAUAUCCCUAACAGAGAGGCAUUUGGCGGGCGUAUAACCCAUUCUGCCGACUAUGACACUAGCUUGGACCUCACUGGCAAGACAGUCAUAGUCAUUGGAUCUGGCGCCUCGUCGAUCCAGAUUAUCCCUGCCAUACAGAAAAUUGCAAAGAAAGUCAUCUCAUUCUACCGUACGCCUCAGUGGAUCAGCUCUGGCCUUCCCCUAGAAGGCUACACCGAUGAGCAAGGUCGCAACUUUGACUACACUGAAGAGCAAAAGAAACAGUUUGCUGAUGACCCGGCAUUCUAUUUGAGCCAGCGGAAGGCAAUCGAGUCCAAGAUAAACGCAAGCUUCCGCGCCAACAUUGCAGACCAUCCAUUUCAGAAGCUCACUCGAGAGGCCGUUUCUAAGCAGAUGGCCGUAGCCCUGAAUCACAACGAGACACUCGUGAAGCGCCUCGUUCCCUCAUUCCCAGUUGGCUGUCGUCGUCUGGGACCUGCGGAGGGCUUCCUGGAAGCAUUUCUGAAGGACAACGUCGAGCUAGCCAACGGCGAGAUCGCUGCCUUUACCAAAAAGGGCUUGCAAACAGAUGACGGCGCCGAGUAUGAGGCGGAUGUCAUCAUCUGCGCAACGGGCUUCGACGUCAACUUUCGACCUUACUUUCCCAUCAUCGGACGCAAUGGGCUUGCGCUCAACGAUGCAUGGAAGGACGAUCCGGCGGCAUAUCUUGCCGUGGCCGCCAGCGGGUUUCCCAAUUUCAUGAUCGGUUCGCUUGGGCCUAAUUGUCCUGCCGGGCAUGGGUCUUUUGUCACAGUGCUGGAAGCCGCACAAAAUUACAUUUGCAAGGUUAUACGAAAGAUGCAGACUGAAAAUAUCCGGUCGAUGGACGUGAAACCGGAGGCGGUGGCUGAGUACAAUGAGCAUGUUCAUGAAUGGCUUAAGAGAAGGUGA